GGUGUCCAUCUUGGAAUGAGAUCAAAACAUGAUGAUGGAUUGAAACAAAAGACUUCAGAGUGUGAUUUGGGACGAUGAAGUCAGAUAAUUUAUCAAAACAAACCAGAAGAAAAGUUUCGUCAGGACUGUUAAAAUAGAUGUAGCUGACCUGUAAAGAGACCAACCAUUCCAAAAUGAAGAAGAGGGACUCGGAAGUUGUGUCUGUCUCUUCAGCAAACUCCAAGGGAUCCGAGCGUCGAAGAAAUGGCACAAGAUUUUCUCUACGGAGAAUUUUCUACCCAACCGGAAGCAGACGGUCUAGAUCCAGAGUGAGCCUUGAUUCCGAUUCUGGUCGUUCUGAGAUGAGUCUAAGUGUACCAUCAGACCGAGAUAGUAUCACACAACAUUCCAUCACAUCCGGUGCACAGACCCAGGUAGUCAGUUGUAAGCCUACAGUCAACGGAGGGUCGGUUCGAGAAUGUCCGCUCUGUCUUACCGAACGACAAGUGGAGGAUUUCCCAGAAAUCAUGACAUGUCACCAUAGGUCCUGCAUCACUUGUCUACAGACAUACCUGAAGAUUGAGAUCACAGAAAGCCGUAUAAACAUAUCAUGUCCAGAGUGUACAGAAAAAUUUCAUCCCAAUGACAUUCGACUGAUCCUGCAGAAUGAUUCACUCAUGGGAAAAUACGAGGACUUCAUGGUCCGUCGAGUGCUUGUGUCGGACCCUGAUGCUAGGUGGUGUCCAGCACCUGACUGUGGUUAUGCUGUGAUAGCGACAGGUUGUGCCGGCUGUCCCAAGCUGAGAUGUGAGCGCCCCGGCUGUGACACUAACUUCUGUUACCACUGUAAACAACACUGGCAUCCCAACAAAACUUGUGAUGCUGCACGUGCUGAACGCUCCCCCAACAUGCGAUCAGCCUCACUCAGCUAUAGUCACGAUAAUGAUUCUCAGAAAGAUGAUAUCAAGCCAUGUCCUAGAUGUGGUGCAUUCAUCAUGAAGAUGAAUGACGGAUCAUGUAACCACAUGGCCUGUCCUGUUUGUGGUGCUGAGUUCUGUUGGCUGUGUAUGAAGGAAAUCUCGGACCUACAUUACCUAAGUCCAUCAGGAUGUACAUUUUGGGGGAAGAAGCCCUGGAGUCGUAAGAAGAAGAUUCUGUGGCAGUUGGGUACACUAGUAGGGGCUCCCGUUGGGAUAACGUUGAUUGCUGGGAUAGCGGUUCCUGCAAUGGUUAUUGGGCUGCCUGUCUGGGUGGGCAGGAAGCUGCAUUCCAAAUACGAGCACAGCUCCCGUCACAAGCGUAAUAUGGCAAUAACAGGUGGUGUGACGGCCUCCAUACUUGUAUCCCCAGUCAUAGCGGGACUGGCUGUUGGUAUUGGCGUGCCUAUCCUCCUGGCCUAUGUAUAUGGCGUCGUACCUAUCUCGCUGUGUCGCAGUGGAGGCUGUGGAGUAACCACUACAAACAAAGGGGGCGUCCGCUUCGAUUUUGAUGAAAAUGAAACCGCAGGACAGCCUAGUGUUUAUGCAGGUGAUAAUCAGAGUGUGGGUACUGGACACAAUGUAGCCAACCCCAGCAUAGCACCUAGCAUUGGUGAGGCUUCUGUUGGUAUGACAGGCAGCCUAAGCGCCAGUGGAAGCCACAUGGAGCGUGUAGGUGUGAUUAGAGAUGAAAGCGACAGGGACUCCGCCAGUAACCGCGCCCUCGCAGGGUCUAGUCUCAACGGCAGUCUUUGUGGUGGAUCAUAUGUUGUAGGCUGUUUUCAGAACAAGUUAGAAGUCCAAGCCGAUAUGGUUUCCAUGAACAACACCCCUUUAACAAAAAGAAAUAGCUUCAGCAGUGAGUCUGCCAACCUUAGUAUCGGAGAGAAGUCCACCACCAUCUCUUUCAGUGAUGAUGCCAGCACUAAGGCUUUGGCUGGCUCUAUAGCUGGGUACAGGGACAAAGACAGUGCCUCUAUAACUACAACAUCACCAUACGAAGUGCAGGUAGAUGUGGUGUCGCAGUCCUCCAGGGGACGAAACAACAGUGGGGGGAGUGCUAGUCUUAGUGCUAUUUCCUCGGAAAAUAGGAACAGAAACACUUCUGGUCAGAGUUCUCCAACCUCCGGAUGUAGUACAAACAUGUGUGUAGGAAGCGAGGAGACGAAAAACAACUCAUUCAAGUGUCGCAAGUGUAAACGAUUUAAUGGAAACCAUUGCGACAAAGUCACAGAUCAGUGUGGUGUACAUUUUGCAGAGAAAGUCAGUCUUCAAAAUUUCCAGACUGACGACAUCGUGUCGCCUACAUUGAGUGAGGAAUUUGUGAAGUAUAAUAGUAAAGACAGUACUAGAGAUGUGGUACAGACAAAACUAUCGGAUCCUUUCAUCGAAAACUCUGCCGCUUUAGCAGACACUACUAGUGAAGAUACUCUGCCAGAGGUAGAAAGUGAUCGACCUUCAUCAGCGAAGAAAUUGAUCUCGGCUCCCAAUAGGAAGUCAAUGUCAACCUCAGCACUGAUGAGUGAAUGCUGGAGUGCCAGUGAUGGGAGUCUUUGUAAAAGUCAGAGUCAGGAGGACUAUAUGUUCACCAAAAUGCCGCUUAUGGACGGGGCUCGUCUUCGACGUCUUAGUUGUGAACUAGCACGUGAAAAUGGACGUAUUUCACCACCAUCAGAUCUUAAGGAUUGUAAUUCUGAAUCUGUUCCUUUAAAAUGAAGGUUUUGAUUUGAUGAAGAAAGUGCUUCAUCGUUUCGUUUUGUCAGGAUUAUUAAAUGAAUUUGUCGAAACCUUAAUGAAAUUAUGAUUUUGACAACAAAUUUUAUUAUGUCACUGUACAAUGCUAUUGUGGUGAGUGUCUAUCAGCAUUGGCAUAUUUGACCAAUCAUGGCUCAUUUAACAACCUUUCAUGUUAAAUACUAAGUUGUCAUCAGUUUUAUUGUGCAAAUUCCAUUCUUUCAUGAAGUCGGUGAGAAUCACAUAUUGGAGUGAUCUGAAGAAUGACAUUUAAAAACUUUAGACAGAAACCGAACAUGUGGUCUGUGAAAAAUGACAUCUGUGAUUUUGAUUCAAAGAACUAAAAAAAUGUUGUUGCUCUGAUCAAAUAAAAGUAACAGAUCUAGAUGUAUCGCCAUAUUAUCAGCAUUGUACAGUAUUUCUGUUUUAUGUAUUUUGUUUAAUGGUUUCUUCAUCAGAUGAAGUGUACACGGUAACUAUUUAUUAUAUUUUCUGUCUGUUGUAUGUUGUAUAAAUGAGAAGAUUUUGUCCGUCAUGUAAACAAAGCUAACGAUAUACUUUCUGAGCUUUUCUUUGGUUCAACUUGAAAUCUGGGCCCUUUUCGUUUGUGCGGUCCAAACGGUUAGACCUCUUGGACUGGUGUUGUUCGUUUAUGAAAUAAAGACCGACCUGGUGAUUUUAUAUUGUUUUCAGACGAGUCUUGACAAAGACUUCCAAGGCCUGUAUUAGCAUUUACAGGUCCGUCAAGAUAUAUGUUUGAAAUAUUAGAUUUUAAAACUGACUAACCGCUGGUUUCAUCACAAUUCAUCCAUAUAUCUUUUUUUCUUGGAAAUUUCCUGUCUCAGUAUAUUACCCUUGCUCUUGUUGUGAGGUCACAAAAAUGUUUAGCAAACCAAUUGUGUUUUUUCCCCUUUGAAUUGGUAAAGUAAUUCUCAUAUCAUACAUAUUUAUUUUAAAACUGCUAUGAUAUACUUCAUUACCACAGGUAAAACAACCACUUAUUUUUGGUUAUAUGUAAAUGCUAAUCUAUUGUGAGUAACACAGUCAACAGUUUUAGUUUCUUGUGUGCUAAAGCCAUUGAGAGAAUGUUAAACUGACUGCAGUUUUAGCUUGUGUGCUAAAUCUUUUGUGAAAAGUUAAACUGACUGCAGUUUUAGUUUCUUGUGCUAAAUCUACUGAGAGAACAUAAAACUGACUGCAGUUUUAGCUUGUGUGCUAAAUCUAUUGGGAGAAUGUUAAACGGACUGCAGUUUUAGCUUGUGUGCUAAAUCUAUUGAGAGAGCGUUAAACUGACUGCAGUUUUAGUUUGUUUGCUAAAUCUAAUGGGAGAAUGUUAAACUGACUGCAGUUUUAGCUUGUGUGCUAAAUCUAUUGAGAGAACGUUAAACUGACUGCAGUUUUAGUUUGUUUGCUAAAUCUAAUGGGAGAAUGUUAAACUGACUGCAGUUUUAGCUUGUGUGCUAAAUCUACAGAGAGAAUGCACGUUAAACUGACUGCAAUUUUAGCUUGUGUGCUAGAUCUAUUGGGAGAAUGUUAAACUGACUACAGUUUUAGCUUGUGUGCUAAUAAAUCUAUUGGGAGAAUGUUAAACGGACUGCAGUUUUAGCUUGUGUGCUAAAUCUAUUGGGAAAACAUUAAACAGACUGCAGUUUAAGCUUGUGUGAUAAAAUCUUUUUUGAGAAAAUGAAACUGCCAGCGGUUUUAGGUUCUUGUGUGUUAAAUCUAUUGUGAUCAUGAGAAAGUCAUCAGAUUGUUUAUCUUAUGAUAUGGUCUGAAAUUGUUCUUUGUUUUCUAGUAUGUGGUCAGCCAGUCCUCAAACAAUUCUAAUAACUGUUAUUUCUCAAGAGAUACUGCAUGGAUAUUUCAUGUAUAGCUUCCCCUGGGUCCUUAGUUGUUUUAUUUUCAAUUUUUAGACUGAUUUGGAAAGAAAGACCGCCACCUAUCUCCCAUUUCAGUGUCUGUAUUUAAAUUGUUUACGCAAAUCUCCCAGAAACACUGGAUAUAUCAUUCCCAAAUUGUGUUUGUAGAUUUCUUUUCUUAUUUAAUUAAAAUUGUGUAUGUAUAGUUUUGGAACCAAGAUGGCCCACAGACUGCCAUAUAUAUUGUACUGGAAUGAACCUUUGUCAGUUUUGACAGAGAUUCAGCUCAUGGUAGAUCAUACUUGUACAGUUCGGUUUACAGAUAAUGUAUAAGUAUGGAACCUUGUUAUACCAGACUAUUUGGCAUGGUCACACUCAAUUUAUCUUACUUACUGCUGUUGGAGCCUAAUGAGUCAAAUUUGAAAUUUCCCUAAACUUUUUUUUCCAGAUUAACUUAAUGAUGUGUGAAAGAAGUAUUUUGCUUAUAUCAAUUCCUAGGGUAAGUUAUUAGCUGAAAAAUGUCUCCAGGCUAUCACAAAUACAUUAAUAUGCUCCUUCUCUCAGAUGUAAAAUCUAAUAAAGGCUUUGAUGAUCAGCAAUUACUUGGACCUCAGAAUACAGGUUAUUUCACUUGUAGGCAGUCAAUGUGCACGUGUUUCUCUUAGUGCUAAUUUGCAUAUGCCCAUGUAUGGUAUUGCAACUGCCUACCAGGCUGGCUGGUGUGUACAUUUGCUUUGUGAAAGAAAGCAAAAAGAAAAGAAAAAAAAUACCAUUUCAGCCCAUCAAAGAAAAAAUGUAAUGCUCCUGUGUGCUUUCUUUCUCUUACAUUUUUGACAUAUUUGGUUACAUUUUAAUUUACUACAAGAAUGUGUUAGCAGAAGAGUUCCAUUCCUGACCGUUGGUGUACCUAGAUACUCUGUGUAAUGGACAUAUAUAGUGCUGUCUCCUGCAGUGCUCUUGUUUUUUUUUUGUUUUUUUUUUACCAUUUUAAUGGUGACAUUAUACAUUAACUACAGAUAUCUGCUAUAAUAUAUAUCUAAAAUUUGAUUGGCUAUACAACAUAGUCCUGUCAUUUGAUUGGUUGCUCUUGUGUACAUCUGUUGUGUGAUUGACUACGCCAUUGUACAUAUGUUGUCUGAUUGGUUGCUUUAAUAUGCAUAAAUGUUGUUUGAUUGGCUAAAUCAUGUGCAAUUGUAUUUGGACAUUGUGUAUUUUGAUAAUAGUCAAGAUGACCAGGGUAACAUUAUGUUCUCUCUGUUGUAAACUUCAAAACUUGUAAUGAAGUCAUUUGUGCUAUUUUUAAUGUCUUUAAAUAUACCAUGCUUGUAAUUUGAUAGAAGUUGAAUGAUGUUAUACUACUUUUAGAUUUUGUGUACACAAAUAUUUAAUACAGAGACCAGGGUAAAGUCACUGUAUUUUAGAAAUUGUGUUCUUCAUCCAGUUUAAACUGAACAUUUCUUUUCUUUAACAUCUGUUCUCAGAAAUGUCAUAUUGUAGAUCAACUAUAUUUCCGAUGAUAGCCAAUUAGUCUCUGCAUUUCAGUUAAAAUUCUCCAAGAAUUACUGUAUAGCAUGAACUAUUUAAUUUGUUCGUGAGAAGUCUUUAAUAACCAAUUGAACCAUUGGUCUUGUAUUUUUGUGUUUCCUUCCCAACCAUGAAAACAGUGAAUACAAUAACACUACACAAUAAUAUCAUUGUUGACUUGAGUCGAAAAGUCAAAACAACAGUUACAGUAAAUCUCCAGUAAAAUUUGUGGACACAAAAUUAGAAAUCUUGUCCUAUCACAUGUAUAGCAAUCAUGGUUAAGGUAUUGUUCACUUCAAGAACAAAUCAUUUUGUGUUUUUCGUAGAUAUGACCCUAAACAAUAGUUUGGUUUGGUUAUUAUUGUAGAAACAACAAAUAGAAGGGUUGAAAUGAUGGGGCACUUAACAUAACCAAAAGUUUUGAGAAAGCAGGUCCCUUUGCGAACACAUCCCAGUAUGUCAAGGUCAUUUAAGCAUUGAACGGCUUUCAGUUGGCAUUCAUAUUGACUAUGAAUGCCAACUGAAAGCCGUUCAAUGCUUAUAUUUACCAUCUGCGAUUUUUUAUUUGUCGUGCGAUUUUUUUUUGAAAUUUUCAGAUUCAAAUUUCAGUUGGCAGUUCAUAAGCUGGUGAACUCGCAACUGAAUUGGUAGGGUUAUAUAGUGCCAUACAAUGGUAAAUAUACCCAUAUGGAUCUUGGCUACAACAUAUUGUAUAUCCUUGAAAUAUGUUACAGAAAAUGUGGGAAAUGUCAAGAUUUUUUUUUCUUCUAAAACAUAGAAAUUGCAAAAAAAAUUAAAAAAAAAUUACACCCAGUACAUUUCAAUGAUUUUCAGAGAAAGUUCAUCUUUCAAAAAUAACCUGAUAUACCGUAUUUUGGAUAAGUUCUGCGGGAUCGUCAGUUUCUGAUGAAGAGCAGUCUACAUAAGGCAGGUUCCCUAAUAUUUUCAGAGAAAUAUCUUUGAUCAAAUUUGAAAUGGAGAUAACGUCAUGUAUGUAAUCUUUUACAAUGUAUACAUGUACAUCAGAUAUAAAAACAACAAGUAGGUCAACUAUAACGUCUUCGAUAAGUUUACAUGUACUCAUAUUGAGGUAGGUUGUAGCAUUUAGCUAUACUGUCGUCGUGUUUUGUUCAGUUCUAUGAAGAUAAUCUUUUUAAUCCAAUUUGGUUUUACUUGAAAUAUAUUUGAUCUACAGUAUAAAAUAAACAGGAUUAUUUCCCUUUGUUAUCAUUUUUAUCCAUGAUGCUUUUGAUGAGGAAGCUGAUCUAUAUUUAGGUUGCUUCAUUUAUUGUAUGUGCUAUUCCGGUCGAAUCUUCAUCCUGCCCCAGGACUCCAGAUUUUGUUUAUAAGCACCACCCAUGAAUUUAAUUAGGAAUUCACACAGAAAAGGCUGUGAAGUCAACCAUGAAAUAAGUCCUGAGGCUUGAUGAACAUUUUACUGUGACUUUGAUAUUUCUUAAUGCUAUUAAUGUGAGAAGUUCUAUGUCUGUGAUAUUGAAAACAUUGUCAAGAUUUAUACAUAAAGUAUUGUUAGCUUUAUCUAUAUACAA